AUGACCACCAGUCCGUCAUGGAGGUUGAAGCGCUACGGGCGGUGUAUUCCAGACUCCACGGGGGGGAAGCAGUGGAAGGUCUUUGAGGCAAAUGACAACGGACCAGAAAUGUUCCUCACGAUUGUGAAAUCUGGAUACCUGCUGGUGUUGCAAGGACAGGAAAGCUUGGAUACCAUCCCUUUCCUCGGUGGGUCCGUCAAAGUGCAACAUAAAUCUGAAAACCUGAUAUUUCGAUACACCGUGAACGGAGAGAGCCGCGUGAUGAGGAUGCAGCUCGACGGAGCGGAGGAGUGCGCCCGCGCGGUGGCAGAACUCAAGAAGUACGUGUCUGUCACCACUCAGGACGCCACCCCCCCGCCGCCGCCCCCCUCCAAUCAGCCCCCCGCCGAGGCCUCGGCGCCAGCCGCGCAGGAAAAGGUGGAGGUGGAGCCCGAGGUCGUCACAGGGUCGUUGACCAUCAGGCGUCUGACCCAGCACAUCCUGGGGGAGUCGGCGGUGACUCUACCUCAGGCGUACCGCGACCCUUCUCAGGCUCCGGGGGACCUGGAGCCCGUCCUGCGCCUCUGCCUGCUGGACCCCGGCUUCCCCGCGUUCGUGGAGUCCGUGGAAGACGAGCUGAGGAAGCUGCUCGAGGGGUGAAGGAGAACCUCGGGAAAGGUCAAGCGGAGGUCAGACAGCGCGUGUUGCUUAUCGUGAAAAGGGACAAACUUUUACAAACACCACCCCAAAAAAAAUCUGGAUUCAAUUUUUCAUUUUUUAUUCAGAAAGAAAAUAUUGGUCUCACUUAUAUGUUUGAUUGUGGCUAUAUACUCUGGUCCCUCUCUUCCCACCUUAACGCAGGUCCAUUUCCACUGCAACACACAUGGGGGGGUACACCGUAUUGAAAGAGGAGUCAUGCAGCUACAGCGGUGAACGUUGCUAUGCCAGCUUCCAUCCCACAAUAUUAAAGCUUCACUGAGUCAAACAAACUGCCCUCCAUAUAUCUAUUUAAGAAUACAUAUUGCAUAGGAUUAUAGCCAUGCUAUACAGUUAAGAAGAGAAAAAACUAAAGAAAAUUAAAAACCAAUUUGUGACAAUUGGGAAAUAUAUAUAUAUAUAUAUAUAU